AUGGGGACCUCGCUGGCCAGGCUGCUUCCGGAAAAUGAUGAAGCAGAGGGGGAAGUUGCCGAACCGUGCCCGCGAGCGAAGCCUGGACAAGACGACCUACAAGAGCCUGCAGGGUUCGACUUGAUCCACAAGUUCCGGCUGGACGAUGGCCAGUUCGACUUCCCGGGCGUCAAGAGGGUCACCGGAUCCAACAGUCUGCAGACGGCGUACAGGCUGUCUCGCAAAGCGGAACUCGCACUGCCCACAAGGGCGGUGUUUCCUCUGGGCCUUCCCGGGGAGUUCUCGUUCGUCGCAACGUUCCGCAAGCGGAGCGCUCGCACCGAUCCCUGGUUCCUCAUACGUCUCACCGACGUCCAGGGGACGGCCCAGUUCGGGCUCAGCGUGGUCUCCAGGAAGAACCGGCUGGACUUCUUCGCUCAGGACGUCACCGGGAGGAGGCAGACGCUGCGCUUCCGCAACGUCCAAGUUGAUGACCAGCAGUGGCACAAGGUGGACAUAAGCGUGUUCAAGGACCAUGCAGUGCUCUACCUUGACUGUAAAAAGCAUUCAAGUCUCGAGCUUGUCCAGAGGGCACCCAUCGACGUGAACGGCGACAUCAACAUCGGAAAGUACGAGUCUGACCUGUCGACAGUGCUGAUGGACCUGCAAUGGAUGGUAAUGAGCUGCGAUGCUGCAAGGCCAGAAAGAGAGACAUGCAUUGAACUGCAGCCCCAAGGGACUUUGCCGACCUCUACACUGCCAACGCCUACGGAACCCAGUGCGUCCCUGGAGUCGGCGUGCAUCGAUUGUCCGCCAGGCCCACCAGGUCUGAAUGGCACCAACGGUCUGCCAGGCACACCAGGUCUGAACGGACUCCCUGGAGUGCCCGGGUUGCGAGGUUUCAAAGGCGAGAUUGGCACUCCAGGGUUACCAGGACUACCCGGAGUUGAUGGCUUGCCCGGAUUACCCGGACCAUUGGGACUUACUGGCCCCAAGGGCGACACUGGGACACCAGGAAUCCCUGGCAGUCCGGGUCUGAAAGGCCAGAAGGGAGAUGGUGGAAUACCUGGAGAACCAGGGCUUCCUGGUGUCCCUGGGACAAUGGGACCAAGAGGACCUCAAGGGCCUCCAGGCAACACAGCAGUGGCUGAAGGACCGGUAGGGCCUCCUGGAGUUCCUGGGCUACCAGGACCGAUGGGGGAGCAAGGAUUGCAAGGAAUGACAGGACCCUUGGGACUGCCAGGAAGCAAGGGUGAGCCAGGUGAACCAGGCAACACAGGAGCAACAGGUCCUCGUGGAUUUCGGGGUGAACCAGGGCUCAAAGGUUCAACGGGAAGCCCCGGCCCUCGUGGUUUACCUGGUCUCCCUGGUCGUGACGGUCUCGCAGGAGUCACGGGAACAGGGUCGUUGUCUCCGGGUUUACCUGGACCUCCUGGUGUUCCUGGGGAUCCCGGACCACUAGGGCCACAGGGCGAAAAGGGCAGCCCUGGUGUAUCUGGCCCGCAAGGCAUGGAAGGUCAGAAGGGUGAAAAAGGUGAUCGUGGUGUUCGUGGUCUUCCUGGUGUGGCAGGUCCAAAGGGUGAUAGGGGUGAAAGAGGCUACCAAGGCGACGCCGGCCAGAAGGGUGACCGUGGUCCACCUGGAAUUGAUGGAGCAAGAGGAGAGCCAGGUCUUAUAGGACUACCUGGCCCCACUGGAGCAGCUGGUGCCUUGGGCCUGCGUGGUCAAAAGGGCGAAAAAGGGGAGAUUGGACAGCCUGGAACGCCUGGAGUGUCUGGCGUACCUGGCGAGCAGGGGCCUCGAGGUUUUGAUGGACCAAAAGGGGAGCCUGGAUCUGAUGGCAUGAAGGGUGCCGUGGGACCGAUUGGACCAAGGGGAUACCCAGGCCUCCCUGGCCUGCCCGGGCCUCCAGGAAGACCAGGAAGACAGGACAUGGUGUCACAGAGUGCAGGUGUCUUUGGUGACAAGGGACUACAAGGGCCAGAGGGACCAAUAGGGCCACCAGGACCGCAGGGUCCCCCAGGACCACCUGGAAAUCCAGGGCCCCAUGGUCUUCCAGGUAUCAUGGGGCCCAGAGGGCUUCGGGGCGAGUGCAUCUACCAAGCCAAAGAAGAAUACCUCGUGGCACCAAGCAGACCGGGAUUGACGGGGCCCAUGGGACCACCAGGACUGCCAGGUGAACGAGGACCACCAGGAGAACGUGGAGUCCCCGGUGUUCCAGGCCAAAUGGGCAUGCCGGGUACAGAUGGAUCACCAGGCCAGCCGGGCACUCCGGGAAACAGGGGACAGCCAGGAAUGCCAGGCCUGCCAGGACCUCCGGGUCGUGGAUAUACUGAGGAAGAAGUGCGAGAACUGUGUUCAGCGGUGCUUCGAGAGCAGUUGAGCGAACUGACAGCCAAGAUGCGAGGGCCCCCUGGUCACCCGGGCAUUGGGAAACCAGGGAAACCAGGACAACCGGGACCCCAAGGGUCACCAGGUGACCCGGGCACACCAGGACUGCCGGGGGAGCGUGGAUUCAUGGGGCUACCUGGUCUUCCAGGACCGCCAGGACUACCUGGUCCCACUGGUGAAAGAGGCGAGAAAGGUGAUCGUGGCCCAGAGGGACUUGGCGUGGAAGGCCCCAUCGGCCCCCGUGGACCUCCAGGAUCUCAGGGUCCGACUGGUGUGGGCCACCCUGGGCGGCCGGGAGAGCGGGGACCCCCAGGUCGCAUGGGUCCGCCGGGACCCCGCGGAGCACCGGGACCGCAGGGACCUCCCGGAUACUGCGAGAUGUGCAACUACGCUAAGUCCGACCUGCUCCACAUGCUGCGCCUGAACACCGUCCAACAAAACACCAAGGGACCAUCCAAGUAGUCAGUGUUAUGCUAUGGAGCACCGCAGCAUGACGAGGAACAAAAGUUGGGACUGUGCCGAGCUACAGAACACAACUGCUACUCCUCUCCUCUUCCCCUUACCCCACCUCAUUGCCUCGACUACACAGGUUUUCCUAGUGCAGUGAUGCCACUUGGAGAGCUGCAGCGGUGAAGUGAAUAUUCCUCUUUCCCACCCACACCUUUUACCAACCUGUACAUGCGUCUCUUUUGCCCAAUCAUCAAUUGGCAGCAGGGUUCUCCCCACGGUGGGUGGUGGUGGAAGCACCGCCCACGAAGUCCUAUUGCUUUCGGCAGACUGACCACUACUCCGAUUGACCUUAUUGAAAUGCCCCGCUGAGGAACCAAUUAACAGUGACAAUGCACGUGCAACGCCAGCAAGCCGUGCUUACCGCCACUUGGUUAUGCAAAAAGGAGUCUGAGCACGUCCUCCUAUGGUUUCAAAGAUCACCAACUCCAUAGUCAGUGCUAAGACACAAGUUCCCUUGCUUCCGUUUUUUUAUGUGCGUCAUGGAUUGCCUGAAGUGUGCAACAGGAAAUAAAAAUGAAUGUGCAUCACAAACGGGAAGUCUGAAAACUCAAAAUUAAAAGCCCCCCCCCCCCCCUUUCAAAAUGUUUGCCCUUCAAAUAUUUCUGGGAAGAACCCUGCUCCCACCGCUCCCUUCAAUCACCAUAUCUCUUUUUUGCAGUGAACAAGUGUUAUUCCGUUCAGGCGUUUGUUUCACUGGUGGGCGGAUAAGUACCACACCUUUUGGAAAGGCUGGGCCGUGGAAAGUUUCUGCACACAAGCUUUUAUAGUUUCACAAGCUACAUGCAGUUUUGCCACUCUAUGAAGUCCCAUUAAACUGAAAAGUGAUGCCUUCACUAUAUAUCUGCUCACUAAAACCUUGUCGUUACAAGAAAAGACACUAUUUUUGGAGGCACGUAGUAUGCAUAUCGAGGUCACUGAGGUUCGCUAUGACAGAGGCAGCCAGUGCGACAUUCUUCCUUCCACGGUAUCACUUUGACUGUCCUUUGCAUCUCUUUUCUGGCAGUACAUUUGUUACAUGACAUCUAUGAGACAAAUCUUAGAUCAACUGUAGUUUGAGCAUACGAUAAUUUAUGCCUGUCUGUUACUGCACCUAUAGAUGCAGCAUCGAAUUAUGCACUCAAACUCAUUAUAACGAAGCUGCAUCUUACACAAAAUAAGUUGGUUAUAUCCUAAAAUUCAUUAUAAAGGUACAUUUAUAACGCUACAUCUAUUUCAAGACUAUUCUUCCCUUACAUUUUUAUAACUGAUAUUUCGUUAUAUCCAGGUCCGUUAUAUCGAGGUUUAACUGUAUAUAGCUUGAUGACACGAGAGUGCUUAUACUUCACAGUGAGGUUGAUAAAGAUGUAUUAUAGUAGUUAGUCACUAGCUGCAGGAAGGUUCGGCAUCAAGUCUGUGUUCGGUAUGUGCUUACGUCUGUGCAUCUGUUUACACUGCUUUUUGUAUCCCGAAGAGGAGGCAUUUCCGUAACAGUGCAGGAAUGCCUCCUCAGGAAAAUAAAUGGCUAAGAGUACUCUGCAAGCCCCACCAAUGAAGCUGUAAGAUGAGCUGCGACCCCAGCUCAUGCUUGAAUCGAGUACUGCAAACUUUACACCAGCAAUCCGAGCAACAUGUCUUUGCAUAUAACAGUUCAAAACUAACCACUAUCUGACAUAUAGGUCAAUGAGCAUCAGUUUUCAGGAAAAGCUUCCUCAGAUAGCAAGCAAGAGUGAAGAAGCAACAAAUUUCUUAUAAAAAGCAACGGAUUUUCCAUCGGAAGCUUAUUUACCAGAUAGUUUUCAGAAGGGUCAAAGGGCACCUAACAGGGGCCAGAACACAUGAGCUAAGUAUGCCUUACAAGGAAAUAUGUGACCAAUGUUCAAUGCCGUCACCUACCACUACUGCAUAUGACACGCCAGUACCACCGUAACUAAAAAUCUGGUCCAACCACUUUUCCGAUUUCUGUGCACUGCUCUUUCAGCCACUGCCUGCACGGCAGUGGCUGAGCGUUACUUUCAGUGAUACCGCAUCUAUUGAGCUGCUACAGCACAAAAACUUAGCGUGUGAAUAAAAGCAAGGCUGGGCCAUGCCUGGGCCAAGCAUUUGUUGCACGGUGUGGAAUCUCUGUACAGGUUGCAAAGAUGAAUAAAGCGGAAAAAAAAUACUUAAUCACUCUACCA